CCCAGUUCAUACAUGUGAACAACAACCCAGCUUACCAGACCCGUCUCCCUUCACCGAUUCACGCGACACCGAAUAUCCACUGCCUCGUCCUCUCAGCCAGCCCGAAUCGCAAGACUGCUGCUGUUGGUUGACAUGGCCACGGAGACUCUCCCAAGAUUCCUGCUACCGCGGCUCAGCUGGAACACAACCGUUGCACCCGCAAGAUCGUUGCGACCCUUAGCAGCCUUACCCGUCACUAGACCUAGCCACCAGAGGUCACGGCCGUUCUUCCAUGGGGGGGCAUCCUCGUCAAGAUGUCAGGACAGGAGCUUCGCGCCGCCGAUAGGAAGCCCAAGCUCAACCUCCAUCCUACAGAGCCAGUCGAUCCGGAGAGCGUUCCAUGCAACGCCCACCAGGCAACGCGAUCACCACUUUGACACCCUCAAGUUCGUCCAACGGCUUAAGAGCGAAGGGUUCACCGAAGAGCAAGCCGCCGCCAUGAUGAAAGUCCUAAACGACGUCAUCGAAGAGAGCAUCCAAAACCUGACCCGCACAAUGGUCCUCCGCGAAGACGCCGCCAAGGCAACCUACACGCAAAAAGUCGACUUCGCCAAGCUCCGCUCCGAGCUCCUCUCCGCCGACAGCACCGAGUCCAACGCCACGCGCGCCGCCCACGAGAAGCUCUCCAACGACAUCGCCAAGCUGAGCUCGCGCCUGCGCGACGAGAUUGGCCGCACCCAGGCCAGCGUCCGCCUCGACCUCAACCUCGAGAAGGGCCGCAUCCGCGAGGAGGCCGUGAGCCAGGAGCUCAAGAUCAAGGAAACCGAGACGAAGAUCGAGCAGGAGGUCGCCGCGCUCCGGGAGAAGCUCGAGCAGGUCAAGUUUCAGACCUUGCAGUGGCUUAUGGGCGUCUGCACGGGCUUUGCCGCGCUGUUGCUCGGUGCGUGGAGGUUGCUUAUGUGAAUGGCUUCCGGUUCAUCUAGGGAUGGGGGGUUUUCUUUGUAAAUAUUCAUAUGAUGUACGAGCUUUGAUUCAAAACGGUUGUAUGUACCCAUGUACGUACGACAGUAUCGACCAUGUU